AUGGCGGACGACCGCCCGACAGUGCUGAUGCCGGGCGAGUGCUUCCGACAUCCCGUCUUGCAUGAUGACGGGUCCGACGCGGGCUCUGUGGUUCGCGUGGUGCGCAGAGUGAUGUCGGACAACCCAGGGGGCACCGCCUACGAAGUGGAAUACUUUGCUGCUGGAGGCCAAUACCUGUCAUGGUGGCUUAACUCACGGAUUGCGAAGCGAGAGAAGAUGAUCUUACACGUGUGCCGUGGGCCAGUCUUGCGAUGUCGCUACACGGCACCGCGGGCGGGGUGCCAGGUGUUCCACACCAGAGCGCCCCAGAGGCUCACGGCCGUUCAGGCAGCCGAGCGGCACAUGGCAGUGCUCCAGCACGAUGAGGAUUGCCCCGAGCUGCCAGCUGAUGUCGUUCAGGCCGCCUUAGAUGAGGCUGAGGCCGCUGAGGAGGACGAGGAGCCGCCGCCGAGUCGCGCCGCUUUCGCUGGCCCGGCCAGGAAGCGCCCCGCCGGCGUAGGCAAGGCUGGGGGCGACCUGGUGGAGCUCGACGGCGACGAGGAGGCCGACGAGGCGGACGCGGACGCCUUCGCUGAGCUCGACAGGGAGCUCGCAGCGCUCUCAGGCAAGUCCGAGGGCACGAAGAGCUCGGCGAAGGACGGCUCCCUGGAGCGCCUCAACAAGUUGCGGGAGAAGCUCGCGACAGUGCGCGGCCCGGAGGCCGCUGCGGGCGGGGCCACGGCCGCCGCACCCACCAAGAAGGCCAAGCUCGGCGAGGUGGUCCAGGCGAGGAUGACUGGACAGGCGCCGAGUGCUGCCGCUGCUGGUCCAGCAGAUGGCAGUCGUGCUCGCGGCUCCGGUGAGCGGGCAGUGCUGAAGACGCUCGCCGAGUACCUGAGUCAGAAGGGCGACAACGACGACGGCCUGUUUGGCAGUGCUGAUGAUCGCGUCCCUGGCGGGCGCCCUGUGGCGGCCCGCCGCCUCGCGGAGAUGGAGAACAUGGCGCAGUUUCUGGACCAUGAUGAUGCUGGAGGUGUGAACAAGCAUAGCCCCGUGGCGCUCAAGUUCUUGCUCCGGGUGCUGAAGCCCGCGCACCCCAUUCGUGAGAUUGGUGAGGACCGGUACCGCGAGCUGCGGACGCUCGCGGAGAGUGCGGACCUCAUAGUCUCAGGCAAGCCCAUUCACGCCCUGGACUUCAUCUUCUGCAGGAUCAAGGCUAUCCAGAAGACCAUGCGGGAUGGCCAUUCGAGGACGGCGAAGUGGUUCGAGCUCAUCCCCCCCGACAAUGGUGGAUUGAGCCUCUCAGUUGAGGACGAGGAGCUCGUCACGGGCAUCGAGGCCGCCGAGGGGUCUGGCCGGGGCGGCGGCGAGAGCUUGGCCGACCGCCCUGCAGGCCCGAGCCGUGGUGGAAGCCCGGACAGCAGAGCGUUGCCGAUCACCCACAUCGGCACUGCCGCGGACGCCGCAGAGUUGCGCAGCCGCUCGGGAGCGGUGGACGGGAAGCCCCUGUCAGCGUGGGCGGCGGCGCGCGCGAAGACUCCGCGUGCCGAGGGGGAGUCCAGGCGGCAGUUGAAGAGGAGGAUCGCGUCGCAGUUCUUCAAGCGCCGGGUGUCGGCCAAGAACGCGGCGAAGCCGAGCGAGCCGCAGAGGCGGGUCGUGCUGAAGCAUUGA